AUGAUUUUGGAUCUGGAGCCAAUAACAAUUUCUUCUUCCAAGUCUUUCAUCAUCUACUUUCGUUUUUUGUUUUCAAACUCUUUUCAUGUGACGAAACAAUACAUCAAGUUUAACAAAUCUCAAAGAUGGGUCAAGUUGCAAUCGCUUCUCAAAAUCGCUUAUGGUUGCAAUCGCUUAUCAAAAUCACUUCAGGUUCCAGGUUCUAGGUUCAAGGUUUCAUCGUGUUUGAAAGGAAAUAGAUUUGUUUCUAGAAUGAGUAUAUUAUCUAUAAUCUCAAUUGGGAUGGCUAGUAUCAGUAGCGAAAUUGCAACAGAAGUUGCAGUAUCGCAUGUGUCGUCGGGCGAGCAAGGGGCUGGAGAGUCUCCCAAGCGUCACCUGGCGAUACAAGCGGCAAGAGGAAAUGGUGGAAAAUAA